CCCUGUACUCAUGCCGAUGUAAGGUUGGGGCAGGUUUGUUGGUGUGAAAAGCUCGUUACGACGCGCUUGGCGGUUCAGUAGCGUUUAUUUUUAUUGCCCGCGCCGGAUUGAUGACACAUUGUAAUACAAAAAGUACUUCAUAGGAUCGCCAGAUCGGCAGAAUGGCAGACGACAAGCCGUUUGUGGAGGAGGAUCAUGCGAGUAGACAAGCGCAAGAGAACACUGAGAAUAGCGAGCAGGAGCAGGCCACGUUGGCUGAACAGCCGGUGGUGAAAACUGCUCCCAAUGGGACCUCAUCACCCGCCGGAUUCGCCUUGACACCAGAGCAGAGGAGUAAGAUAAAACAGCAACUUUUGGAGCGGCAGAGGGCAGCCCAACAAGAAAGCAAGCCCAAAGAGCGAAAUCCCACAGCAACAUCGUCCUCCACUUCCGGAAAUCACCCAUCACCCUCCUCCGUAGCCAAAACAAACGUCUCGUCACACAUUCAAACGAAUCAAGCUCCCCGACAGGACAUGAUUGCGCAAGCUGUUUCAUUUUUACAAUCUCCAAAUGUUCGAUCGUCCCCGCAAGAGCGAAAAGUUGCGUUCUUGAAACAGAAGGGACUCACAGAAGAAGAAAUCCAACUCGCUACAAGUCGUGCGGGGACAAGCCAACCGCAGCCAGUAUCCAACAUCAGCCAACCUGCUCUACCUACCAAUGCCUUUCCACCGUCAAGCGGCUAUGUUCCUUCUCCUGCGACAUCUGUUCCAACAUCAGGCCAAGGUCUUCCUACCAAUAGGCCAUUCCAAGUGCAGUCUAUCCCAACGACGUCGCGGAAGGAGAUGUGGAAGAACGUUCUUCUUGCUCUCAUUCUCAGUGGCGGCGCUCUAUCCGCGCUUGUGGCUUUCAUCAGGCAUUACCAUAUACCUUCGAUGAUGCGGUUUAAAGUCCUUUAUGAUAGCUAUCUACAAAAACAACGAGCGAUGGUCGCUGAUUUUGUCCAGAAAGUUGCCUCAUUGGGUCACAUGUUUGCGCACCAACCAGAGGCAUCACAACCCAUAGGACAGCAAGUGAAAACAAUUAGUUCAGUCUUUCGAGCUUCGUUUGAAUCUACCGACGCUUCACUGCUUCGAGUCACUAAGGAACUGGACUUGCUGAACAGGAGAGGGCAUUCUCAAGUUGAGGAUUCGGAAGGAAAAGGACAGGAGAACGGCCCUUUGGCAUUACGGGAUUUGCGACAAUCAGUUGAUGAGCUGAGUCAUCUUGUGUCACAAGAGACGUACUUCAAUCCUUCCAUGUACGCAUUGUAUUCGACCUUUUCGAAGCCCGAUGCGUUCGCUGCAAAAGGGUCGGAUGCCACAGCCGAAUGGGGAAAGAAGGUUUCGGAGGUGAAAAGUGAAAUCAGAACUUUGAAGGGAAUGUUGUUAAGCAGGAGGAACUUCCCAACUGCGCAAUGAUAGCAUAGUAAAACGGACCAUUUUAUUUACAUUAUCUCUAGCUCUAUUGUGAGUUAUGCUGCCCUGACAAAAAUGUACAUUUACGCGAUUAUGCUGAAGUGUCGGAGGGCAGAAACUUAUCUAACGCUUUCUGGUUUCAAGUAGAAUACGUUUGACCAACAGCAAAAAUAGACUGAACAUCUUGACAUACCA